AUGUUCGUUUAUUUUGAUGUUUCAAAUGGUGAAGAUUCAGGCAGAAUUGUGUUUGAAUUAUUUGAUGAUGUAGUUCCAAAAACUGCUGAAAAUUUUAGAAAAUUAUCAAUUGAUAAGAAAUAUGCAAAUUCAAUUUUUCAUCGUGUUAUUAAAGAUUUUAUGAUUCAAGGUGGUGAUUUUACAAAUCAUGAUGGUACUGGAGGUGUAUCAAUUUAUGGUGAAAAAUUUGAAGACGAAAAUUUUAAAUUAACUCAUGAUAUUCCAUUUUUAUUAUCAAUGGCUAAUGCUGGUCCAAAUACAAAUGGUUCACAAUUUUUCAUUACAACUGUUCCUACUCCUCAUUUAAAUGGUAAACAUGUUGUUUUUGGUAAAGUCGUAUUUGGUAAAAGUUUAGUUAGAAAAAUAGAACAUUCGGAAACUGAAAAUGAUAAACCAAAAGUUGAUUGGAAGAUUAUAGAUUGUGGUGAAACUGAUAAAAUUCCAGAACGUGAUGAUAAAUAUGAAGAUUAUUUAAAAGAUAAUGAUAUUGAUAUCGAAAAUCCACAAGAAGUUUUUAAAAUGGUUAAUGAAGUUAAAAGUAUGGGAACUCAAUAUUUAAAAGAUAGUAAAUUGGAUCAAUCAUUUGCAAAAUAUAAAAAAUGUUGUACAUUAUUAAAUGAUUAUUUUCCAGAUGAUUUAUCAAAAGAAGAUUUAGAUAUUUUAUUAAAAUUGAAGAUUUCAUGUUUUUUAAAUGCCGCAUUAGUUGGAUUAAAAUUGAAUAAAGGUAAAGAGGUUAUUAAAUUUACAACUGAUGCUUUAAGUUUGGAGGAAAUUGGUGAUAAAUCGAAAGUUAAAGCUUUAUAUAGAAAAGGUAUGGGUUAUUUACAAUGUAAAGAUGAAGAUUCUGCUAAAGAAUAUUUACAAAAAGCUUUAGAUUUAGAACCAAAUGAUUCAGCAAUUCAAAAGGGAUUAAAUGAUGUGAAAAACUCAUUGAAAUUAAGAAAGGAUAAAGAGAAAAGAGCAAUGGCUAAAUUCUUUAGUUAG